AUGUCUUCAGACAAAUUGCCAAUAUGCUUAAUUUGUGAUCAAAAGGUAUUUAGAUGGAUUCCAUUGAUAAUAAAACAAUGGGAAAUAAAGUAUAUGUUUUGUCAAGAUGAAGAAAUGAAAAAAACAAUUAUAGACACAUUUGGUUUAUAUAAUACAAAAAUAAAUAAUGUGAAUAAUGUUAUAAAAUAUAUAGACGAACUAAAAGAUGAAAAUAUUUCUUUAUUAUUUUUAGCAUUAGGAACUAAUAAAUUUCAUGAACUCGUUUUAGAAUAUGUUAUAAGCAAAAAAAAAUUUUAUUAUAUAUUCAGUUCUGAUGUACCAUCAUUAAAUGCUCAGACUUUAGAGAAAUUUAAAAAUUUAUUAAAUAAUUUUAAUUCCGAUAAAGAUAUAAUAUAUGAUGUUAAAAAAGAGUAUAAAAAUAUUAACAAACAAUUUUAUUGGAAUAUAUUUAACCCUUUAAUGAAUGAACGUGUUUUUUAUAAUCUUAAAAAUGCAUUGAAUGAAUUAGGACAUAUUCAUGCAGUACAAAUCGAAUCAACGUUUAUUCCAUUUUUAGUUGAAAGUGAAGAUAUAGGAAAUGCAUUAUUUUAUAGAUCUAUUUUAAUUAUAUCUUUAAUAGAAUUCUUAUUUGAAAAUCCCAAAAAUGUUCUUGCAAAAUCAUAUUAUAUUAAAGCGAACGAAGUUACAAUUAAUUGCUUAUCUGGUAGUGUAGCAUUUGAUUCCUUAAAUUGCUAUUUUAAUAUUUCAGUUAAUAAUUUAAGUAAAAUUUUUUCUUUAAAAGUAUAUGGUGAAAACGGAUUUAUUGAUGUAUCAUAUACCAAAGAGCACGAUUGUUUUCAAAUGCAACGUUGUUUAAAUCACUAUGAAUAUCCAAGCAUAUUUUCAGAAGAUUCCCACAGGAAUGCGUUAACAGAAUUACAGUAUUUCUUAGAUGAACAGUUGUAUACGAAUAAGUACAUUAAUUCGUACAUUAGUGCAACACAUACUGCUAUAUGCCUUUGGAAAAGUAACGGAGAUAAUAUAGCAUUAAAACAUAAAACAGAUACUAAUGGUAAUGAAACUGGUAUUGAGUGUAAAAUAAAAUCGGGAGAGAGUUGUAUCCUCGCAUAA